CGCUGCGACAACUUUUGGCGAGGUCCGAGCCUCUAGCGCGGGCACCAGUCUUCUCCGAUCUUCUCCAAAGACAGGUGGCGGGUCCAGCGGUCGGUCUUCUGGAUUUAAAUAGGCCGCUUAAGGUAUGUUUAACUUCUUUCCUUUUAUGCUGUCUAACCUAGAAUGGGUUGUAGAGAAUGUAGAUUUAGUGCGCGAUUUUUGAGCUUUUAACCAGAUAUAGGGAAAAAAUUAGGCAGUCUUGGUAUGGCCUUUUAAGGAUAGGCAAGGACUGCCUAGUCAAUGUUGGUACUUCCGCUGGUAAGCGGGUAACAUUCUCAACAGUUGGCGACAACCUUGGGGACUUUAGUUAUUCCGAAGCCGAGAGCGAACCUACGUGUGAUACGCCUGUGGUUGUCCUUUCCUAAAACAAUGGGGACCGGGUUGCUGAUGACCGCCAAGAAGCCGAUAAUGCACACCAGUCACAAUCCUGGUGUCUGAUGUGCUUCCCGUGGAGGCGUUCCAAGCUAUCAACAAUACCACAUAUCGUGUGCGGUUACACGAAGACAUGUGGGAGAUUGAGGAAGUUCCGGAGGCCGCCUACCAACAAGGACCGCCCAACGAAGCUGCUUAUAAACCUCACUAGGUUCUCCGCCAGCUUAAAAACCAUGGUCUCCCGCCUGAAUGGGACUAUGCUGAUCCUUCGCCUGUUGGACGGUCCGACUCUUGUCCCGGUGGAUGGAUUCCCAUUCACGUGGAGCAUAUUCGGAUCGGCCCAACAUUUCUGCUUGUCCCCAUCUUGACGAGAACUCUACAUUAUCUUGACUUCACGUUGGGCCGCCUGUCUCCCGAUAUUAUUUUUCACUCCAUUGCUUUCCGUGCUAUUUGUGAGAAACUCGGCGAGACGCCCUCCUUUGAUGCGUUUCGCUUGCCAUACAAAAUGCGCGGUUCAGAUAAUUACUGUUCAUGCUAUAGGCGGGAGGCCCACGUUGGUUUUGUGCUUGGAGCGCCUAAGUUAGAUUCUCCAUGGUUUAAGAAGUACUUUUUUGCUCGUCCGAGUCGAAAAUGGAACUCUGGUGACAUUGACCGCCUACUGGGUUCUCAGUUAGUGAUAAGAAGGAUUAGAAUGCAGAUAUUGACUCUCUUGAGCCCUUCAGACCGCUUCUUAAGCGGAUAGUGAAGGCGGUCCAAUUUCAUCUUCCUCCCAAGGGGAAUGAUACUCUGCCUUGGAGAUAAUUCGACAUUUUCACGGUUAGUUUCUUUCUUCACUUGCUGAGCGUGCCUCUCAUGUCCUUUACUUAUGUACUUAUUUUGCAGGGACUCGCCGUUAUGCCUCCAGCGCUCGACCACCUAAACCUGGUGCUGGUGCAUCAAGCGUUGCCCUUUCUCCUCUUAUCUCUCAGUCAGCGGUCCCAGGCUCAGUCCCUCCUUCAGCUACCUAGACACAACUUGUGGCCAGGCGCUCGGGGAUGUUGAAACUGUUUGAACCAGCUUCGAGCAAGGGAUCUUCUAAGCGGUCCCUGGAAGCAUCCGCGCUUAAGGAAGCAUCAACUCUGAGUUUUUCAAGGUUUCUGGUUUUAAAGGAAAGGAAAAAGGGGUGUCAAGUUAAGGGUUUGGCUAAACGAGUCAGGGUAUCUUUGAGUAUUUAUAGAAAUUCCAGUAUACUUUAAUCAUGAUAAGAAAAUAACUCUAUGAGGCCCCUUGGGACUGUUAUACGCCUCGGGAAGGAGAAGAGUAGAUUCCUAAGAGGGUAAUUUAGUUAACUCUUUUUCAUGAGCGAGAAUAGGUAGUCGAAGGAAGCACCUACCCUACGGGGAUGCAAUUUGAUUGCUAUAAGGUUCAGAAAGACGAUAAGUAUCUAACACGUUGACAGAUAGUAAGCAAUGAGUUACGGCAAGUGGCGGCCAUCAUCAGGAGGAAAGGAUGCAUGGAUGGCUUACUUUCACGAGAAUCGAACUUAGGGCUAGGGUUUCAAGGAGCAGUGGAAAGUUAGACUUUAAGCAACGCUAGGUGCACCUCAGCAAGGCAAAUGAGGAACUAAGUAGGUCAUUGGGGGCCUGGCAAGAAGUAAUGGGAUUAAUACACAAAGGCUAGGAGGAGGCACAUUCAUGUACAUGGAUCAAAUGAGGAAUCCCUUGCGGAUAUAGUACAUCCCUAAGAAAAGGAAUCGUGGAUCUGGGAAACCAGAUCAGCGAAAAGUCCUUGAAAAGAAGGAGACAACAAGCGAGAUAACCAAUGUAAUGAAUGAUUUAAGAGCAAGCGCACUAUGUUACCAAUAAACUGCAAGAUUGAGGAUAGGUAUGCAACGGAUUUCUAACAUUCUGGACCGUUUCUCGACGAAGAUAUUGUCCGCUUUGUGCCUCGACCCUCACGGUUUUCGACUUGGGGUGCAAUUCAAGGUGACUUCCCAUAAGAUCAUCCAUGUUUCAUUCUACACUGAGCACGUUUAACUUUGGAGUUCUCACAAGAACUCCUCUAUUUCACCCCAAAACGUGUCUUGUCAAUUAAGGUCGGUUUCUUACUUAUGAACAAUUGAUCUCGCUCGUGCUUUGUCGAUGUGGGGUUUGCCUAAGGUGUUACAUUACGCUUUCAUCCUGAUUCUAAAAUGAAACGACCCGAUACUUUUAAGCAAAUAGAAAUACUCAUGGCUCCGGAGCCGAUAGAAAUAGUGUCCAAAAAAAUCUCAAUAAAAUAAAUAAAUCCAA